AUGGUCAUGCACGGCCUCUGUAUCAUUAUCGGGAAAGCCCUCGCGGUAGGGAUCUUGUUUCUCAGCAUUUGUAUCUUCUCGAGGAUUGUACCUCCUCGUUACCCUCGGAAUAUCCCUGCUGUCCCAUUUUGGGUGACUCUGCUUUCCUUGGUUCGUGACAUUGACCAAGAGGAUAUCUACAGAAGGCAUAUCCAGAAGCCUCUCCAAACCCAUGGAGCAAUUAAGAUAUUCUUUGCGGGGCAAUGGAAUCUGCUUAUACAGCGUUCAAGUUAUCUCAACGAGAUUUUCAGAAACGAGGACGUGUAUCAGAAAAGUGGGAACCAAAAGAAGAUUCCUCACAGUGUACUUGCUGAGUUCUUAGGUCGAUUCCCCGUCUCUCCCUCGGUUGCUCUAUUGCUGACACUUGGGCCAAAAGGUGAUAACGUCAUAUCCUCGCGAGGCACGACUUGGCGACUCUAUCGAGACAUUAUCACGCCGGGUCUUCAAGGCCACUUUGACGCAGGGCUUAUAGCCGCCAAUGCAGAAGAGCUCUGUUCUUCACUUUUAGCAUUCCAGAAUACAGUUGGCAACUGCGGUGUGCCUGUUCAGGAUCUCCUGCAACAGUUCACCAUCGCCAAUGUUUCCCAAGUACUGUUGCAGGCAAACCACAAACCCACCAAAGGAGACGAGUCAUCGCUUCACCAGCUACAACUAGCUGUAAAGAGAGAGAUCUUCAAACCCAUCUUCAUGAACUUUCCAGUCCUGGACAGACUCGGUAAGCUGAUUCCGUGCCGUGUAAGAGCCCGAAACGUGGUGGAACAGUUUUCAGCCGCAUUGCAAUAUGGCGUACGGCAUGGACAGGGAACGCCCAAUGCUAGUAAUCUAGGGGCACGUCUAAUGGCUGCGAGGGAUGGUGGGGUACUCACAGGGAAGCAAUUCCGCGACAACCUGAACGUGCUUUUUGUCGCCGGACAGGAGAACCCGCAACUGCUCCUGAUUUCGAUGCUGUAUUUGCUUGCGAAGCAUCCGGUAAGCGUGUCAUGUCCUCUGAAGUCGAUGGAGCUAAUGUCACAGGAUGUCCAAUCCCGGCUGAGGCGAGAAAUCGACGCGUGCAGUACGCUCGAUCCCUCGAACGUUGCUUUCAGCGAGCUUCCCUAUGUGACAUGCGUCAUUUACGAGAGCCUCCGCCUCCUGCCGCCUAUAUCGCAACUGAUCAAUCGCAGGACAUCGCAAGACGUCAUCUUAGGAAAUCAGAUCUACAUACCUAAGGGCACAUACGUCGGAUACAACUGCUACUCUACCAACCGUGACCCUGCAGUCUGGGGACCGACAGCGGACGAGUUCCGGCCGGAGCGGUGGGGUCAGAGUAACACGGAGAUUUCGCAGUGCUACCGCCAGAGGAGAGCCCGUGCGGAAUUCGUUUCUUUCCAUGGUGGCAGCCGAGCCUGCUUAGGGGAGAAAUUCGCGCUCCUCGAGGCCCGCGUGGCGCUCUUUGUCCUGGUCAGCAGACUCUCAUGGUCACUGGAUCCAGAAUGGCCAGAUCGGAAGACUCCGGCUGGUCCGCUGUACCCGCGAGCUCUUCGUUUAAUUUUCACCGAACGCAAGUAA